UUAAAGCAAAUGUGUGGACAAUUAUUUUACUAAGUUUUAACACAAAUCUAUUGUUAAUCUAUCUUUCUUCUGCAUUUUUACUUUUUUUUUUGUUGACUUAUCUUCUUACAGUCGACUUUAAUUCCUGGACUCGAUUCAAUGGAUUCUUUUUCAUCAUCUUCGAAUCGACAAUGGAUAAACGACGUGUUCAUUAAUUUUAGAGGAGAAGAUACUCGUAAGAGUUUCGUUUCUCAUCUCCAUGCUGCACUCUCUAAUGCCGGAAUCAACACUUACAUAGACAAUCAACUUCACAAGGGACAGGAGUUAGGACCAGAACUGUCCCGGGCAAUAGAAUGGUCUCAUAUAUCCAUUGUUGUCUUCUCCAAAAGAUAUACUGAAUCAUAUUGGUGUCUUAACGAACUGAAAAAGGUUAUGGAAUGCCAUAGAAACCACGGCCAGCUGGUUCUGCCUAUAUUUUACGAUGUUGAUCCAUCCGUUGUGCGUCGUCAGAGUGGUGAUUUUGGAGAAGCUUUGCUAUCUACAGCAGAAAAAAGUUACUCCUCAGGAGAGGAGAGGAUGGAAUAUGUGCUGUCCAAGUGGAGGAGUGCACUCACCCAAGCUGCUAAUUUGUCUGGCUGGGAUGUCAACAAUUGCAGGAGUGAAGCUGAACUAAUGCAGCAAAUUGUUGAGAACGUUUUGGAAAAACUAAAUACCGGAUUCUUGCCUAUUACCGAUUUUCCUGUUGGAUUGGAAUCCCGUGUGCAUGAAGUGGUUGAAUUUAUUGUAACUCAGCCAAACAGACUCUGUAUGAUAGGAAUAUGGGGAAUGGGUGGAUCGGGUAAAACAACCACAGCUAAAGCCAUCUACAAUCAAAUUCAUCGCAAAUUUGUGGAUAAAUGUUUCAUUGAAAAUAUUAGAGAAAUUUGUGAAAAAGAUAAUAGAGGGAUUAUUCAUGUACAACAGCAACUACUUUCAGAUAUCUUGAAUUCAAAGGAGAUGAUACCUAACAUUGCAUUGGGAACAACUAUUAUAGAGAGAAGGCUUCAGGGGAAAAGGGUGCUCGUUGUGCUUGAUGAUGUGACCACAUUUAAACAGUUAAAAGCACUCUUUCGAAAUCUAACAUUUUUUGGCUCAGGAAGUGUUUUCAUAGUUACGACCAGGGAUGCACGUAUACUUAAGUUACUUGAAGUUAGCCAUGUUUGUACAAUGAAGGAAAUGGACGAAAAAGAGUCCCUUGAGCUUUUCUGUUGGCACGCUUUUAGACAACCUAUUCCGAUGAUAGAAUUCAGUGAACUCUCAAGAAGCGUAGCUGCUUAUUGCGGAGGAUUACCAUUGGCUCUUGAAGUCAUCGGUUCUUCCUUAUAUGAAAGGACAAAAGAAGAAUGGGAAAGUGUACUCUCAAAAUUAGAGAGAAUUCCUAAUGAUCAAGUGCAAGAGAAACUGAGAACAAGCUAUGAUGGUUUAAAGGAUGAUAUGGAAAAGGAUAUAUUUCUUGACAUAUGUUGUUUCUUUAUCGGAAAGGACAGAUCCUAUGUUACAAAGAUACUAAAUGGCUGUAAACUUCAUGCUGAUAUUGGAAUAACCAUCCUCAUAGAACGGUGCCUUGUAAAAAUUGAAAGGAAUAACAAACUUGGGAUGCAUGAUUUAACAAGAGACAUGGGAAGAGAAAUUGUUCGUAAAAGUUCAGCAAAAGAGCCUGGGAAGCGUAGUCGGUUAUGGUUUCACCAGGAUGUACAUGAUAUUUUGACCAAAAAUUCUGGAACGGAAACUGUUGAGGGUUUGGUUUUAAAGUUGCAAAGAACCAGUAGAGUAAGCUUCAAUGCUAAUUCUUUCAAGGAGAUGAAGAAUAUGAGACUUCUACAACUUGAUUGUGUUGACCUUGCUGGAGAUUAUGGGUGUCUUUCUAAAGAGCUUAGAUGGGUAUGUUGGCAAGAAUUUACCAUGAACUAUAUACCUGAUGACUUUUAUCUGGGAAAUUUAGUUGUUAUCGACUUAAAACACAGCAAUAUCAAACAAGUUUGGAAUGAAACCAAGUUGUUGGGGAACCUAAAAAUUCUCAAUCUCAGUCAUUCCAAGUACUUGAAAAGCACUCCUGACUUUUCAAAAUCGCCAAAUCUGGAAAAACUCAUCAUGAAGAAUUGUCCAAACUUGUCUGAGGUGCACCAGUCCAUUGGAGAUCUGAGAAGUCUUCUUCUGAUAAAUUUGAAGGACUGUAAAAGUCUUAACAAUCUUCCAGAGAAUAUAUAUCAAUUGAAAUCUUUGAAAACUCUCAUCCUUUCUGGUUGUACAAAGAUUGACAAGUUGGAAGAAGACAUAGUGCAGAUGGAAUCCUUAACAACACUGAUUGCAAAAGAUACGGCUAUAAAAGAGGUGCCCUAUUCAAUAGUAAGAUCGAGAAACAUUGAAUAUAUAUCCCUAUGCGGAUAUGAAGGAUUAACACGUGAUGUUUUUCCUUCUCUCAUUUGGUCUUGGAUGUCACCAACAAUGAAUUCUCUACCCCAAAUUUCUCCAAUUGGAAACAUGGCUCUGUCUUUAACUUCCAUUAAUGCACAGAAUAAUAACAUGGGCUUUCUAUCACCAAUGAUUAGGAGCCUUUCACAGCUCAGAACUGUUUGGCUACAAUGUCGCUCAAAGACUCAACUAACACAAGAGUUACGAAGAAUUCUUGAUGAUAAAUAUGAUGUAAAUUUUACCAAAUGGGAAACAUCAUCUUCAUCUCAUAUCACAAAUCUUUUCUUGAGAUCGCUUUUGAUUGGAAUGGGAAGUUGUCACAUAGUCAUUGAUGCUCUUGGAAAAAGCAUAUCACAGGGAUUAACUGCCAAUGAUUCCAGUGGUUUUUUCCUUCCAUGUGGAAACUAUCCUUCUUGUUUAGGCUAUACAGGGGAAGGACCUUCAGCACUAUUUCAAGUUCCUAAGGAUAUUGAUCAUCAAUUGAAGGGAAUAAUAUUAUGUGUUGUUUAUUCAUCAACAUCUGAAAACAUGGGAGCUGAAUGUCUUACUAGUGUCUUAAUCGUUAAUUACACGAAGUGCACCAUCCAGAUAUACAAGCGAGACACAGUAAUGUCCUUUAAUGGUGAGGAUUGGAAGAAUGUAUCAUCGAAUCUAGGACCGGGUGAUGAUGUGGAGAUUUUUGUAGCUUUUGGACAUGGAUUGAUCGUUAAGGAGACAGCUGUUUAUCUAAUAUAUGGCCAGUCAAUUACUAUGGAAAUUGAGUCUUCAACGAACAUGGAAAUGGAGCUAUCAGCUAACGUCAAAGUGGAGGCAUCAAUUACUACGGAAAUUGAACAAUCAAUUACUAUGGAAGUUGAGUUACCAACUAACACGGAAAUGGAGCCAUUAGCCAAAAUGGACGUGCAGCCGUCACCUGAAGGGAACAUGCAACCAUCACCUAAUGUGACAGUCGAGGCAUCAACUAAUGUUAAAACCAAUCAGUCGCCAGAAGUGAAGGUGCGCUCAUCAGGUAUCAUAAAAACGAAUCCAUCACCAGCUCCAAAAAAAAGUAUAUUUACAAGACUUGCAAAAAGAAUAGGUAGAUGUUUAUGCUGUAACUAGCUAGGAGAUAAAAGUUCGAACAAUUCAAGGACUAAGUAUUGAAAAUCUUCAUUAUUAUGUUAUAAAAAUUCAGCACGCAAUCUAAUGGUAAA